UUGCAAAUUCAGGCUCCCGAGCUCCGGGAGCAUCCACCCCAUUCCAUCCCAUCCCUGCCGGCUGGUCGGGCAGCAGCCGCAGAGCAGGACGAGGCUCCCCGUUGCUGGCUAUCCUACGGCUGCCUGCUCUAUCCCCGCCUCCCCUGCCCGCCUCUGCCGCGGGGCGCCCUGCCCCGUGCUUUCCGCGCAGCACAGCGGAGAACUGCAGCCCGCGGGGUUCGCUCCGAGCCGGGCACUCAGCUAGAGACCUGCCCCUCGCCAGCCGCGCAGGCACAGGCAGUGCCCUGGGCUGAACAGUCAUGACAGCUGAAAAGACUAUUCCUAUAAUUAAUGGCAAGCCAGAAGAUGCUUUGGACCCAGAAGCCUCAAGUACCAACCUUGUCCACAGCAAUGAUAAGAAAGUUCACGAAAGGGGUCACUGGAACAAUAAGGUUGAAUUUGUGCUUUCUGUGGCAGGGGAGAUUAUUGGGUUAGGAAACGUGUGGAGAUUCCCAUAUCUUUGCUACAAGAAUGGAGGAGGUGCCUUCCUUAUCCCAUAUGUGGUGUUUUUUAUUUGCUGUGGAAUACCAGUAUUUUUCUUGGAGACAGCCUUGGGACAGUUUACUAGUGAAGGAGGCAUUACAUGCUGGAGGAAAGUUUGCCCUUUAUUUGAAGGCAUUGGUUAUGCUACCCAAGUUAUAGAAGCACAUCUAAAUGUGUAUUACAUCAUCAUUUUAGCAUGGGCUAUCUUCUACUUGUUUAACUGCUUUACUACAGAGCUUCCUUGGGCCACUUGUGGGCAUGAAUGGAAUACAGAAAACUGUGUGGAAUUUCAAAAACUUAAUAUGAGCAACUGCAGUCAAGUCUCUUUACAAAAUGCCACUUCUCCAGUGAUGGAAUUCUGGGAACGAAGGGUGCUGGCUAUAUCUGAUGGAAUUGAACAUAUUGGGAAUCUUCGCUGGGAACUUGCACUGUGCCUUCUUGCUGCUUGGACUAUCUGUUAUUUUUGCAUUUGGAAAGGAACAAAGUCUACUGGAAAGGUUGUAUAUGUAACAGCCACAUUCCCUUACAUCAUGUUGAUGAUUCUUCUGAUUCGUGGAGUAACAUUACCAGGUGCUUCAGAGGGGAUAAAAUUCUACCUGUACCCUGAUAUUUCUCGACUGUCCGACCCACAGGUGUGGGUGGAUGCUGGCACACAGAUAUUUUUCUCUUAUGCCAUCUGCUUGGGGUGCUUGACAGCUCUGGGAAGUUACAACAACUACAAUAAUAACUGCUACAGAGACUGCGUCAUGCUCUGCUGCUUGAACAGCGGCACAAGCUUUGUUGCUGGUUUUGCUAUCUUUUCAGUUCUUGGAUUUAUGGCUUAUGAGCAAGGUGUGCCCAUUGCAGAAGUUGCAGAAUCAGGCCCAGGACUUGCAUUUAUUGCUUACCCUAAAGCUGUUACCAUGAUGCCUCUUUCUCCUCUGUGGGCAACUCUGUUCUUCAUGAUGCUCAUUUUCCUUGGAUUAGAUAGUCAGUUUGUGUGUGUGGAAAGCAUUGUGACAGCUGUUGUAGAUAUGUACCCAAAGAUUUUCCGAAGGGGCUAUCGAAGAGAGCUGUUGAUUCUAGGUCUUUCCAUCGUGUCAUACUUCAUUGGCCUAAUAAUGUUAACUGAGGGUGGGAUGUAUGUCUUUCAGUUGUUUGACUCUUAUGCAGCCAGUGGCAUGUGCCUUCUUUUUGUCGCCAUAUUUGAAUGUAUCUGCAUAGGGUGGGUUUACGGCAGCAAUCGCUUUUAUGAUAACAUUGAGGAUAUGAUCGGGUACAAACCACUGUCACUGAUUAAAUGGUGCUGGAUGGUCUUAACUCCAGGUAUUUGCGCAGGAAUUUUCAUCUUUUUCCUGGUGAAGUACAAGCCUCUAAAAUACAACAAUGUAUAUAUAUACCCUGACUGGGGCUACGGCAUAGGGUGGAUGAUGGCACUUUCUUCCAUGAUCUGUAUCCCUUUGUGGAUCUGCAUAAAGCUGUGGAAGGAAGAAGGCAGUUUCAUAGAGAGAUUCAGGAAGUUGAUCACACCGAGCUCAGACCUGAAAAUGAGAGGGAAGCUUGGAGGAGGAGCCUACAUUGCUGCGAUAAAUGACUGCGAUGCCAAACUGAAAGGAGACGGCACCAUCUCAACCAUUACAGAAAAGGAGACACAUUUCUGAAAGAACUAUCUUUUUGGUUUGGGUGUGUGUUUGUCUGUUUGUUUUGUAUAAAAAAAAAUCAAUAAAUAAAGUCACUUAAUUAUAGAGGCUGGCUUGUUUUGCACAAAGUUUUAUUAACCAGUUAAUUUGAACAUUGUAUACUUGUUUAAAAGUACUAUAAAAGUAAUGACCAUGUAAAAGAGAGAGAGGUAGUAUUAUAUGGUAUGUUAGUCAUGACUCCUUGUAAUAUGGUGAUCUCAGUAAAUGUUUUUUAGAACUUAGAGGGACCUGUAUCAUGUGUUGUAAAACUUUUCUACUUUGAUUUCUGCCCGAUGUAAUGAUGUAUAGAUAUACAUGUGUUAACCUGUAAGCAUGUCAGACCAUUUCAGCUGUUCAUGUAUGUAUAUAAAGGGGACUAGAGUGUCCUUCUGUUCAUAUUGGAAGAAGUUGUGAGGGGGUGAGGGGUAACUGGUAACUACUCUUGCAUAUCACUGUCAAAAUGUGGGCCUGUAACCACUCCACUGAAAUAGAUCUUCUCCAGCACAGCCAGUGGCCUUCACACUGGGGCUGCAUGACCCAGCCUUUCCAUAGGCUAUAGAAAGAUGGAGAGCUAUCAAAGCUCUUCUUUCAGGGCAAGUUCUGUGGAGCCAAAAGGAAGCAUCACCUCAGCGUUCUUAUCACCUUCCAUCCUCCGUUUGCUUCAACAGGUCCAAUAACCUGGUGGAAUGGGCACACUUCUGAAUUGCUGUUUUUCUGGAGCUUGGACAGAGAGUAUUUCUUAAGACCUAUGAAUUUUGCUGCUCUUUUAGCUUAACAAUCUCUAAGGUGAUGCGUACUGCUUCAGGAGACCUAUAAAACUUCCUCAUUUUAUUUAGUUCUAAAGGGCCAGCGCUUCAUUUUGGUGGACAGUUCCCAUUCCCUGAAGAGAUGUGUUUGCCUGUGCUUGCACUACAGGAGGUCAAGGCUGCUUUAUAUACAUGGAGAUAUUCUGAACAGAAAACGAGUGAGUUUAGAGCUCUGCAUCCCAUGGCCUCACUGUUGCUGUUUGUCAUUCUGUCUCUACAUCUCUUUGUUCCAUUCAAAAGAGACAAGGAUCCUGUAAUGAGAAUGUGUAGCAUUAUGUAGCUGAUCUUCAAGAAACUUUCUAGGUACUAUCAGAUCAGGCACUGAUUCUUCCACACUGAAUGGGAUGGAGGAUUGCACUCAAGUUAGAACAGAAAGGCUACAGUAAUUGCUCCUUAAUGGCUAGAAAAGUUAAAGGAGAUCAUUUAUAUAUGGUGCAGAUGGAGGAAUUAAGGCAGGGAUGCUGAGACUUCUCUGUUCUGCAAGGGGAGCAGUACUGAGUGUGUGACACCAGGUCUUUGCAUUCCACCAGUUGUGUGAACUGCUUCCCUCUGAUGUAAAACAGGCUUUGUAUGUGAAUCCCAGGUGACUGAAAGUUGUUAGCAUGAGGUCUGCAAAUCCUAGUCCCAGUGUCAAAAUCUCUAGACUUGGGUGGUUCAUUGUUGUGGGUUUUUUCCUGCCAAUAUUCCAAAUGCUAAUAUUAACUCUGAACAAAUAUUUUUGUUUUCUCUUGUCCUGGUUGUUUCUUUAAUGGUUGGAUGAGAAGCUUGUGGAGGAAUAUACUGUACAACAAUGCAUAGUGUUUGAGGAGGAGACAAGCGACAGCCUAAGACAGAGAAAUGUCAUAAAACCUGCUGUCUUCUCUGCAGUUCAAAAUCACCAAAGCCCAGACACCAGCACCUGCAGUUAUUAGAAACAGAAGUGGCUGCUGGCCUGCUGCAGAGAAAAGCACUUAACUGCAGGUCACUAAGUGGAUCUUACUAUCAUGGAGAUCUGUACACAGAGCCAGAAUUUCUCUGAGAUUUUGUGGUUACCUCUUCAAAAAGCAUUCUCAUAGAAUCACUUUUUCUCAAGUCACAUCAUUAAAGCUCACAGUUCUUUUUAAUUUUACUUUAUCUUAGUUGUAGUUUUUUUGUCUGGUAAGGUGGAAAUCAACUUUGCUUCAGCUUUUUUCAAGUCCAGCUUGCCUUUGUGUAUCUCCAUUGUUAGGUGCUUAGGAAAGGCCACUUUGAAGGAGUCUGGCUUUAACAAAGGUUCAGCACCAUCACCUUGUGUAUUCUGGUCUCCCUCAGAGGUACUCUCCAGCCCUGGGGGCUGGAACUGGAGGUUACCAAAUGAAACUCACAGUCCUGUUGGACAGUGAGACCUCUGGCAGAGAAGUGCUCCCAGAAGUGAAAACUCAAGUGGUAUACAACAAAGCAACUGAGAACUACACAUUGACAUUGAAAAAAUGCUCAUUCCAGAAGCUAGAAGUUAAUAUCUUUGAAAGUCCUAACAAGUCAUAAAUCUUUGUAAUCCAGUGACCCUUUCUGAUCUUUCUCUCUGCACACGAGAGCUGCAGAACUGGCUACAUUAUUUUCUUACCAGGGAAGGAUGUACAAACAUAGGUGCACUGAUAACUUCAUUUCCAUGAAGUUAUCUUCAGCAACCAGGACUCCUCGUGAACAUUUACAGUAGAGUGUGCCAAGAGCUGGAACCCACACCACUCAUCUGGCCAUCCACUAGACACAACAGGAAAAUCCCAAGCAAGUCAAGAUUGCCCUUUGGCACGUAACAGCAGACCUUGACUUGUACAUUUGAGCUUGUCGGUGUUCUUCGAAUUGUUGUACUCCUCCAAAUAUCUCCACAGGAGCUAUCUACUCAGUCUCGAACAGGCUUCCUUUUCUGCUGCUAUGAACCAUUUCGCCUGUAGAUUUCUACACAUACAUAUGGUUUGGCAUGGUCUAAAGGGUUAUACAGUGUUACUAACAUGCUGUGCUUGUAAAUGUGUGCAGUUAAUACCUGACUCAAGUUUAACACCUUACUCAUUUUUACAACAAAAAUAUUUUUUCUUUUGUGGGGAGGGCUGUGGGAGGGCAAAUUUCCUAAUAGUAUUUGUGGUUUCUUGGCUUUUUUUUUUUAAACAAUAUAAUGGAGGGGAAGAAAAAAAAAAACACACCACAAAAUUGACUAGAUGAUGAUGAUUCUUUUUUUAUGGAGUAGAUCUGUUAUUGCCCUUUUCUGAAAUAUCUGCAGUAUUAUUAAAAAGAAUGCAAUAAAAGUGAACGACCACAAAGGUUUCUGUAACGUUUUACACAAAGAAAGAUUCUGUUUGGUUUUGAAGGGCACAAGAUUUCACCUACUUACUUGGUUUUAAAAAUUAAAGGAAAUGGGCAAACCCCA